AGCUGUUGUUAUUAUUUCCGUGUCUAUGGCCCGCAGUAGCCGUAGUAGAAGUAGCAGCAGGAGCAGGAGUGGCUCGUCCCGCAGUGGAAUUAACGGCGACAGAAGGUCCAAGUCGCCGGCGGCGGGGGCGGGGGCGGCAUCUGAUAAGUCUCCAAAGGAAUCCUCUGAGGUGAAGGAGACGGUGGAGAAGAGGAGACCACCGAGUCGGAGUCGAUCCCCAAGUGAUCCAAGGGAGAGGAGGCGUCGAGCUGAUAGGGAGGAUUUGGACACUUGUAUUGCGCACGCCGUAGAGAGAAGCAAUCUUUUAAAGCGGGAGGAUUUCACUGAAGAUCGAUUGACCAUGAGGAAUCUCGAGGGCUGUUAUUCGAGAUAUGGUGGAUCUUUUGUGGUUGAGCUCAUUGAGGAGGUCCUCCACUCGGUUGGGUUCGAUGUGAGAGAUCGAAGGGACAUCUUGGUCCCUCACAAGUUCGCUGGUAUCCGAGUUAAUAGGAUCAUGCGCUAUAUGGAGGAUGAACGAAGGAGAUCGGGGCCGCCUAGGAAAAUAUCGGUGACGAAACUGAUGGAAAAAUGUGAAAUUACUGACGAUAAGAUGGAGGAGAAGUUGAGAUCGCUAACACAACGUCAAUUGAGGAAGAUAUGCGAGGAGGUUGGUGAGGGAGAAGAAGGUAGGAGACGGUUGGAGGAUAGGUUGGACAUGAGCAGGUCAAAGAGUAGGAGGGGACGACAUAGGAGCCGAUCUCGAUCCUAGAGAGUAGUACUAGAUUAUUAUUUUCC